CAAAGCAAAAAUCCUCUAGAAGGAAAUCAUCAGCUUUGCCCCCGGGCGCCGCCGCGCGUGCUGUGUCUCAUUCCCCCCCAAAUCCGCCGCCUCCCCAAAAUCACGCGAGGCGCCGGCGAAUCCGCCUCCACCUCCGCCGCCCGCCGCCCGCCGCCCGCCGCCGACCUCUCCUUCUCCUGCUUCCGCUUCCGCCGACGCUGUCAAUCUGAUGGGGUUGGAGGAAAGCCAAAAGCAUCUCCUUGGCCUUAAUUACCAUGAGCUCCAAUCUUUGUGCAAACAGUAUAAUCUUCCUGCAAACAAGAGUCACUCUCAGCUAGCAAGCUCGCUUGCCUUGUUUCUUGAGAAGGGAAGAAUAAAUCCAUCGCCUGAAAAGAAAGCAGCAGCAUCCCUUGUUGCCUUGCCCUCCUUGUUAUCAAAUGCCAAAGAAGUAUCCACCCGUUGCCAAGGUAGCCAUAAAAGAGGUCCGCAAAGUGAAAGAGAUGAUGGUGAUAGACCUCUUCUGCAUGUAAAACAUCACAAAGGACCUCAAACACCAACAGAUGAAACAUUGAAAAAAAAUCAGGACUCUGGAACCAGAGUGAGUUCUACACCAGUUUCAAUCAACAAUGGAAAAGUAGACUGCUUUAGCCACUCACCUCCUCGUCAAGUGAUUGCUUCUAAUGUACAUUCACAAAGUGCUGAUGGUAUUGGAAAGAACUUGGGAACUCAAGAGCAUCCAAUUCAUCUUGAUUCAACUGCUAAGGUAGAUGAUGAAAUUUCUCCGGAAACAAGCUACCAGGCACCUAAUGUUGUUGAAACAGUUACAGAUAUUGGUAGUGGCUCAUCUCAUAAGAUCUCAGAAAAUGCAAAGUCUUCGUUUGAAUUUUUUGUCAUGUCAGAUGAGGGACUUGAUCUUGUUGUUGAUCUGAAUUCCACUCCAUCAAUGUUACUUGAUAGCUUGAAGAAGGAAGUGUUCAUCCCCUCAAGUACCUGUCGUUCUGAACCUGGAAAUUUCUCUCAUUUUAUCAGUAGCCUGACGACAAAAGAUGACAGCAACAACUCCAUUUCUUCAUCUGGGAAUAUUACUGUGGACAUACAAAAUAAGGGAGAUGACAGCAUUGCUCCUUGCACCAAUUCAUCACUAGGCUCAACCGGUGGUGACAAUUCUCACUCAGAGCCCUAUCUGCCUGAUGCAACUGCUGUAAACUCUAUGUCAUUUGCAUCCACAUUACCUGGUACUUCACUAGAAAUUUCUGGAUCACAGGAGGGAGUUCCAGUCGUAUCUUCUUCAUGCUUAACCUCUAUGACUGCUAAUGCUUUGAAUAAUGAAGUGCUUCCUCAAGAAUCUGUUGUGCUCUCAAAGUGUCCGGAAAGAAACCAUGCUCCCCUUGCUUAUGAUUCCACACAUCCAACUGGUAACAAAGACACAGUCAAUCCUGUCAAAAUCGGUUGCACUCAAAAUGUUGUUGCUGAUACUGAUAGAGCUGGAGCAUUCUCCUCAGGGGGUGUGGUUAGAAGUGCCUCCAAUGAAAACUUCUGCCCAACUUCUGAAGAAAAACAUGAAACGUUAAAUGUUCCUGGAGCGCAGCUUACCCCCAACGGUAAUACCCAUGAAGUUAUAUUGGAAAAUGAACCAGUGGAAGCAGUGCCAGUGGAUGAAGAUAGAGGUUGUCAUGACAGGCUGUCAAUGUCUUGUCAACUAGCCAGACAAACAGUAACUAAACUGCCAGUUACAGAUGCCCAGUCAGAAGCUAGUUCUGCAGAUCAUUGUAUUGCCGGAAGCUUCAAACCCACAAGCCCAACGCCAUCACCUGCUGCUUCGACCUGGACUUGCUAAGCAACCUCACGGCUCAAGGACCUCUCUUGAAGAAUAUGGUACAACAAAUGUUGGUUCAAAAGAAAAAAAAAGAACUCAACUGACUGGGAAAAGACCGCCCCACGGCUUUUCAUUAAGAAGAAGCCUCAACCAAACUGGCCGAGAAAGGCCACGAAUCCUGGCCCCCCACACGUGGACUCGCCCCCUAUGGAUCGCUCCUUAACCCAUGCUUUGAGGCCUUUGCUUCCUACACGAGGGCCCGUCCUUCAUAGGUUGAUUCUUAACACGUGUUUCUAUGAGGUGCCAACGAGUGAUGUUUUUUAACCAGGCUUGAAAUUCACUCUUGUGGGGAGUCGAACCUAGGACCUAUAGGUGCUACUUGAGCACGGUAACCGCUAGGCUAUAGGCCCGCAAAGAAAAAGUUAAGAAAACCAUAACUAAUGACCUCUUAAUGCAUGGCCUCUUUGAUCCUUUCUUGUUUUGGCAUGGACUCGUUUCUUUGUUUAUAUGUUCUAUUUUCCUUAUAUGGCACAAAUGAUACUGUAUCCAAAGCAAACACACCUUUGAAAUCUUGUGUCCUGUAGUUGAGAUAAAUCAUCGAAGGUCCAUACAUAACACAUUUGGCCGCAUCAUUUUUCUAGUAGCCCGCAUUCAUGUUCUAGUUGAAAGGCUAUAUCAAUUUUUCUAGUAUGCACACUGAUACUUGAAACUUGAAGAUGGUUCUCUCAAUUCGUUACACCGUAGUAUAGGUAAAUCAUGGAGCGUUAUACAAUAUGCUCAACAAUUAUCUUGUCAAAUUUGCUAUCAACUCAUCAUAGUGGCGUGGAUGCAAAACCACCAUUGCUUACACUUAUUACAGUUGUGGGCCUUCUGGUCCAAUUCGUUCAUGGUAUAUUCAUCUUGCGGACAACUAACAUGGAACAAGUUGGCAUGGUUUGCUCAUCGACCCACUUAGAGCUCGAAAAUGCAUAAUGUAUUUUCUUCCACAUCGUGUGUAAUAUUCUUGAUAAUUCUAGUUAGGACCAUCAUGUUUGAGCAGAAACGAAUCUUUACAUAUUGCACAUUGGAAAGAACACAACCAUAACUUCAACAUGUAUGUUAUGUUUGCUUGAAUGAUUGAAUUACUUAUUUUAAAUAAGACCAAGAGGCUGAUAAUUAAUUACAUCAUGAACUUUUUAUAGGUGCCUGAUUAUAAGGCCGCGUCGAUCAACUUUUACUACACUGCUGGAUUGUUGUACUGUGCUUGUUUUUAAUUUGCUGUGGAAAUUAAAGCAUAUAAUUGUUAUUGUUUGUUUUACUAAUCAAAUUAAGGUUAUAAAAAGUAUGUUAUUCAAUGGCCAUGUCUCUCCCAAAUGCCAAAAUGUCUAUAACCUGUUGCAUUAAACAAGACGAUCCGCUGCACUUACGGAUGGAGCCUAGUUUGUUUCACUGGCAAAUAUAUAUAUUGUCCCUACCGAGGCAUCAUGAUUCCAUAUUUGUAUUUCUUCAAAAUGGUAGGAUUAAUAGUUUUUGCUGAUAUUAAGGAGGAAUG